AUGAGUGAAGGGUUACAGUUUGGGGGUAUGGGUUUUAGGGAAGUGCGAAAGAUGAACAUGGCUAUGUUAGGAAAGCAAGGGUGGAAUUUUUUAACGAAACUGAACGCUUUAGUGUCUCGGGUCUUUAAGGCUCGCUUUUUCCCGAAUUGUUCUUUCUUAGAGGCGGGGGUUGGUUCAAAUCCUUCUUUCGUGUGGACUAGUAUUCGGGAAUCACAGGUUUUGUUAUGGAAAGGGGUUAGGCGGAGGAUUGGGGAUGGGGGCUUGGUGAGGGUGUGGGGGGAGCCGUGGCUUCCAGAUAGUGCAAACCCUUUCGUUAGUACUCCGGAUCCAGGGUAUUUGGGAAAUUCUUUGGUACGUUCUCUUUUUGAUACUCAUGCGAGCGGAUGGGAUAUGGAGUUGGUGAGAGAUGUUUUCAAUGAUCGGGAUGCUUUGUUGAUUCUGAGCAUUCCUAUUCCUUUAGUCCCGAGUAGUGAUAUUUGGUAUUGGGAAAGGGAGUUGCAUGGGUUAUAUUCUGUCAAAAGUGCUUAUAGAUUGAGUACUGGGGAAGGGGUGUUAGGGGGGGCUGUGGCGUGGGCUGGGGUGAACUGUGAUCCCAUUUGCUCUUUUUGUGGGGAGGAGGUGGAGUCGGUCAUACACCUCUUUGCAAACUGCAGUUUUGCGCAUAGCUGUUGGAGACUACUUGAAAAUUAUUGGAGCUUGGAGAGGGUGGAGUCGAUUGAAACAUGGGUAGAGGGUAUGUGGGAGCAUCUGACAAGAGAUAGAAUUGAACAGGUUGUGGCUAUAUGCUGGAUGCUAUGGGAAGCACGAAAUAAUGUGAUUUUUAAUUCCAAGAAUGCUGAUCCAGGCACGGUUACCAGGUUAGCCAUAAUGUAUAUUCAGAAUUGGAAGGCUGCCCAAGUUAAGGGUGCUUUGAACCAAUCAGCUGGGUCUGAUCAGUUGCUGCCGGAUACAUGGCGUCCUCCCACGCUUGGGGUUUACAAGAUCAAUGUCGACGCUGCGGUGGAUAUCUCAAGCCGCAGUAGGGGUCACGGGCUCCCUCACGGCCGGGAUCGGGGCCGUGAGGAGCAGUGGCCCGCUGCUGUCUGCGACGGGGCUCACGGGCAGCCUCACGGCCGUGAGGUGCCCUCUUCGUUUGCCUUCUGA